GGCGGCGCCGGAGACGAGGUGCGGAGCGCGGCCAGGACCCGUGCCCGCGGCCGGGAGCGGCGGAGGGCGCGCAGCCCGGGAGAAGGGAGCCUCCGGCGGCGGCUUUCUAGCGUCCACAGUUGCUGCCUCCUCCGGGUGAGGACCGCCUCCUGGCCCCUAGUCUGUCGAGGAAAAUGAAGUUGAGCCGCCAGUUCACGGUGUUCGGCAGUGCGAUCUUCUGCGUGGUGAUUUUCUCGCUCUACCUGAUGCUGGACCGAGGUCACUUAGACCACCCCCAGAGCCCGCGCCGCGAGGGCUCCUUCCCUCAGGGCCAGCUCUCAAUGUUGCAAGAAAAAAUAGACCAUUUGGAGCGUUUGCUAGCUGAGAAUAAUGAGAUCAUCUCAAAUAUUAGGGACUCGGUCAUCAAUUUGAGUGAGUCUGUGGAGGAUGGUCCGAAAAGUUCACAAGGCAAUUUCAGCCAAGGUGCUGGCUCACAUAUUCUGCCGUCACAAUUAUCCCUCUCAGUUGACCCCGCAGACUGUCUAUUUGCUUCACAAAGUGGAAGUCAGCAUUCAGAUGUGCAGAUGUUGGAUGUUUACAGUCUAAUUUCUUUUGACAAUCCAGAUGGUGGAGUUUGGAAGCAAGGAUUUGACAUUAAGUAUGAAACUAAUGAAUGGGACACUGAACCCCUUCGAGUCUUUGUGGUGCCUCAUUCCCAUAACGACCCAGGUUGGUUGAAGACUUUCAGUGAAUACUUUAGAGACAAGACUCAGUAUAUUUUUAAUAACAUGGUCCUAAAGCUGAAAGAAGACUCAAGGAGGAAGUUUAUGUGGUCUGAGAUCUCUUACCUUUCAGAGUGGUGGGAUAUUAUAGAUGUUCAGAAGAAGGAUGCUGUUAAAAGUUUAAUAGAAAAUGGUCAGUUUGAAAUUGUGACAGGUGGCUGGGUGAUGGCUGAUGAAGCUACUCCACAUUAUUUUGCCUUAAUUGAUCAACUAAUUGAAGGACAUCAGUGGCUGGAAAGUAACCUAGGAGUGAAACCUCGAUCUGGCUGGGCUAUUGAUCCUUUUGGACAUUCACCAACAAUGGCUUAUCUUCUAAAACGUGCUGGAUUUUCACACAUGCUUAUCCAGAGAGUUCAUUAUGCAAUUAAAAAACACUUUUCAUUGCAUAAAACAUUGGAGUUUUUUUGGAGACAGAAUUGGGAUCUGGGAUCUGUCACAGAUAUUUUAUGCCACAUGAUGCCCUUCUACAGCUAUGACAUCCCUCACACUUGCGGACCUGAUCCUAAAAUAUGCUGCCAGUUUGAUUUUAAACGGCUUCCUGGAGGCAGAUUUGGUUGUCCCUGGGGAGUCCCCCCAGAAACAAUACAUCCUGGAAAUGUCCAAAGCAGGGCUCAAAUGCUUCUAGAUCAGUACCGAAAGAAGUCAAAGCUUUUUCGUACGAAAGUUCUUCUGGCCCCACUGGGUGAUGACUUCCGAUACUGUGAAUACACAGAAUGGGAUUUACAGUUCAAGAAUUAUCAGCAGCUUUUUGAUUAUAUGAAUUCUCAACCUAAGUUUAAAGUAAAGAUACAAUUCGGAACUUUAUCAGAUUAUUUUGAUGCACUAGAUGAAGCAGAUGCAACUGAGAAAGAGAAGAGCCAAUCCAUGUUCCCUGUUCUAAGUGGAGAUUUUUUCACUUAUGCUGAUCGAGAUGAUCAUUAUUGGAGUGGCUACUUCACAUCCAGACCCUUUUACAAACGAAUGGAUAGAAUCAUGGAAUCUCAUUUAAGGGCAGCUGAAAUUCUUUACUAUUUCGCCCUGAGACAAGCUCAGAAAUACAAGAUAAAUACAUUUCUUUCAACAUCACUUUACACGGCACUGACAGAAGCCAGAAGGAAUUUGGGACUGUUUCAACAUCAUGAUGCUAUCACAGGAACUGCAAAAGAUUGGGUGGUUGUGGAUUAUGGUACCAGACUCUUUCAUUCAUUAAUGAUUUUGGAGAAGAUUAUUGGAAAUUCUGCAUUUCUUCUCAUUUUGAAGGACAAACACACAUAUGACCCUUACUUUUCUGAUACCUUCCUAGAGAUGGAUUUGAAACAAAAAUCACAAGAUUCUCUGCCACAAAGAAAUAUAAUAAAGCUGGUUGCAGAGCCAAGGUACCUUGUGGUCUAUAAUCCUCUAGAACAAGACCGAAUCUCGGUGGUCUCAGUCUAUGUAAGUUCCCCCAAUGUGCAAGUGCUCUCUGCUUCGGGAAAACCUAUAGAAGUUCAAGUCAGUGCAGUUUGGAAUACAGCACAUGUUGUUUCAGAAACAGCGUAUGAGAUCUCUUUUCUAGCAUAUACACCGCCAUUGGGAAUAACAGUAUAUAAGAUGUUGAACUCAGCAAAUUCAAAUUCCCAUUUAGCUGAUUAUAUCUUGUAUAAUGGUGAAGCAGAAGGUGGAGAAAUUUUCAACGUGAAGAAUAUGAUGAAUGCUGAGGAAGCUAUAACUCUAGAGAACUCUUUUAUUGUGCUUUGGUUCAGUCAAUCUGGGCUUAUGGAGAAAAUGAUGACUAAAGAAGACGGUAAACACCAUGAAGUAAGCGUGCAGUUUUCAUGGUAUGGAACCACAAGUAAAAGAGACAAAAGUGGUGCUUACCUCUUUUUGCCAGAUGGUAUUGCCAAGCCUUAUGUUUACACAACACUGCCCGUUGUCAGAGUGACACGUGGGAAGCUUUAUUCAGAAGUGACUUGCUUUUUUGACCAUGUUACCCAUAGAGUUCGACUAUACCACAUACGGGGGAUAGAAGGACAGUCUGUGGAAGUUUCCAAUAUUGUGGACAUACGAAAAGUAUAUAAUCGUGAGAUUGCGAUGAGAAUUUCUUCUGACAUAAAAAGCCAAAAUAGAUUUUAUACUGACCUAAAUGGAUACCAGAUUCAACCUAGAAUGACAAUGAGCAAAUUGCCUCUUCAAGCAAAUGUGUAUCCGAUGACCACAAUGGCAUAUGUCCAGGAUGCUGAGCAUCGUUUGACACUGCUCUCUGCUCAGUCUUUAGGGGUAUCAAGUUUGAACAGUGGUCAGAUUGAAGUUAUCAUGGAUCGAAGACUCAUGCAAGAUGAUAACCGUGGCCUUGGGCAAGGUGUCCAUGAUAAUAAAGUUACAGCUAAUCUAUUUCGAAUACUACUAGAGAAAAGAAGUACCAUUAAUAUGGAAGAAGAAAAGAAUCCAGUCAGUUAUCCUUCUCUCCUUAGCCACAUAACUUCUUCUUUCAUGAAUCAUCCAGUCUUUAUAAUGGCAAGGACGCCCUUCUCACCUUCCCUUGAACUACUGGAUGAAUUCUCUCCAUUACUGUCAUCUUUGCCUUGUGACAUUCAUCUGGUUAAUCUGAGAACAAUACAGUCAAAGGUGGGCAGUGGAUUUUCCGAUGAGGCAGCCUUGAUCCUCCACAGGAAAGGAUUUGAUUGUCAGUUCUCUAGCAAAGAUACGGGGCUGCUUUGUUCUACUACUCAGGGAAAGAUGCUGGUACAGAAACUUUUUAACAAGUUUAUUGUUGAAAGUAUCACACCUUCAUCAUUAUCCUUGAUGCACACACCUCCAGGUGCCCAAAACUUAAGCGAGAUCAACUUGAGUCCAAUGGAAAUCAGCACAUUCCGAAUCCGGUUAAGGUGAACCUGACUUUCAGAUUUGGAUUGGGAAUCAUUGGCUUUGACAUCUUUCUUGGUUUGACGUGCAAUAAAGAAGCACAUUAUUUUAGCUUCUGGCUACUGUGAGAACAUGAAUUCUGUGAUUUUUUUUUUUUUAAACCAGUACAGUAA